CUUGUGUGUCCUCGGUUCUUCGGGGUUUUGGCACCGCGAGGCGUCUCAUUCGAGGGUUAGGGUAUUUAGUCAACUAGGUAGAUGUGGAAGAUCGCGCUUUCUCCAACGUCUGUCUGCCAGCUGGCGGAAAUUCAACAGGGUCUUUCAAAACUCAAGUCUCACCUCAGCAUAGUUAUUGAUAUGAACGUUCAUUGAUGAAUCGACAACUCAACACACACAUCACACAUCCGCCGGCCGCGCAGACAUUGAUACCUACUCAUCAAUGCUAUAUAUGAUAUUCUAACUAGAUAUGUUUGAGAUCCCAGACGCAAAGCGAGUACGAAGAGAAGACCUCCGUGAUUUCUCUCCGGACCGGCAUUCCAGCCCUAGCCGAGACCAUGAGCAUGAACAGCAGCAGGAAGACGCGGAACAACUGCGCGCCAGAUUGAAUGCGCACCUGUCAUCAAUCCUCGCCAUCCCGGCCCUCACCACCACCACCACCAUUCCCGUAGCCGAUAUUCCCCGCUCAUCGGAACCAAAUCCAGGCGAAGCCUCGGAACCCAAAGACGAGGCAGCAGAAGCAGCAUGGAAGGAAGGUGAGGAACAACAACAACAACAACAAGAAGCCUUCGCCUUCCGCCUGUUUUCCACCUCGGCUCCUUCCCAAAAAGUCGUCCUCCCCUCGCAAGACGAUGAGCUAUAUGUACCGUCCGCCCGGCCCAUCGCCUCGCGGCCCCUGUCGCACUACAUCCGCGGGCCGCUCACGCCUCUCCAGCAGGAGCAGUUCCGCCUUGCGGCGGUGGCCGGGCGGGAGGUGGUCCGCCGCGCGAGGGAGGAACGCGCAUGGGGGCUUGAGGUCCCCUGGCGGGUGGUGACUGUUAGGAUCACGGCCGACACUGGUGCCGAUGCUUGGGCGGCUAGUGCUAAGGUCGGAGCCGAGGGAGAGGAGGGGAGUGAGGAACCGGGGAGCACGAUGAGCAAGAUGACAAAGAGACGGCCGGGCAAGAAGAGGCGGAUCGUGCUGAGGAAGAGGGAAAAGGCGAAAAGGGAGGCCGAGGCGGCCAAGGAGAGGAGUUUGGUUACCAAGGAGGAGCAUCUGAAGGAGAAGAGGAAGCGAUUGAACCGCGAGAAGAAGCUGAAGAGGAGACGGAAGGAGAAGGAGAAGAAGAUGGCUGCUAAAGUGGAGCAAGGGGAACGAUCGGAGGGCGGGAGUGUUGCGGACGGGUAAUUCGGGUUGAGGAUUCAUCCCGGCAUCUCAUUAGGUGUUAGGCUAGAGGUAAGUAGGUAUACCGCUCGUGUAUCUCGAGUACAAUACCUCAACUGCCGGUGUAUUGGCCAUGCACUUAGGUACUCUAUGAUGUGGUUUCAAUCUUCAAGGGACUUAAACCUCGGGCUCCGCACAUUGUGAUUGAUAGACCAGUUCAGUUUGCCUCCAGUGUGUUUAUGGACCGCACUGUAACACCAGUGGCAACACUGUUUAGGGGCU